GCUGGCUUGCUUCGGCAGGCCCUCUAGGGGGCGGGCACACACGCAUUCUUGAUCAGUGUAAGCUGGUUGAGUCGCGCCGCUGCGCAUGCGUGUGUCGGCAUCCCCAGCACUUUCUGCACGUGGCGUCGGAGGCAGAGCCACAGCGAGAGCGGGUGGAGAACAACAGACCUCGAGUGUUUGGUGAUCGUCGUCGACAAGGAGGAGAUCUCUAUCUUGACUGUUGUCUCACAACCAGUCUUGGAGACUGCUGUGCGUUACCUGUAAAGAAUUUACUAUCCCUCCAAGUGCCUUAGGACCACCAAUGUGCACUUCUGAUACUGAAGGAUAACUUGCCAAAGCACACCUGGAAUCUGAAGGAUCACCAGGGAUUCUGGGAGAUUAACAAGGAUAAACCUCUAGAGACAACUUUCCCCCCUUUGGAUUCCUACACAAAACUUACAUUUUUGAGAGGCGGUGUGCUCACACAACAUCUGCAAUUGCAUAUCAAGUGAAAUUUCAGGUUUGGAAAAAAUUAAGACAGGUUGCCAUCUCAGGUGAAGGUUCACAUCCCAGCUUUUUCCUACUGGAUUCUCACAUUUGGCUUCUAACCAAAGAUGACUGAGAGCAACCAGACCAUGGACAUCCAACUCAUUGUCUACAUCAUUAUUGAGUCCUUGAUAGCAGUGAGUGCCACCUUGGGAAAUGCCCUGGUCAUCUGGGUGGUGAAACUCACCCCUGCUUACCAGAACACCACCUUUUACUUCAUUGUCUCCUUAGCAGUGGCUGAUAUUGCGGUUGGGGUCCUUGUGAUUCCUUUGGCCAUCGUAGUGAGCUUGGGGAUUGUGCUCCACUUCUAUGCUUGCCUCUUCAUCUGCUGCAUACUGAUGGUCUUUUGUCAUGCAUCCAUCAUGUCCUUGCUGGCCAUAGCAAUUGAUCGGUACCUAAGAGUGAAACUGGCCACACGGUAUAGGACAAUUGUCACACAAAGAAGAAUCUGGGUGGCUCUUGGCACCUCUUGGCUUGUGUCUCUGUUGAUCGGGCUUCUGCCCAUGUUUGGAUGGAACCAAAGGGAUCCCCACAGCUCCAGCUACUUGAAAUGUUAUUACCGAGCAGUGAUGAGCAUGGAUUAUGUGGUGUAUUUUAGCUUCUUUUCCUGGAUUGUUGUCCCACUGCUGAUCAUGUGUGUUCUCUAUGCAGCGAUCUUCUACAUCAUGCAAACAAAACUGAAACAAAAUGUAACAGGUGCCAAAGAAGGAAGAAUAUUUUAUGGGAAGGAGUUCAAGAUGGUCAAAUCAUUGGCCCUGGUCUUCUUCUUAUUCAUUAUUUCCUGGGUGCCUCUAAUAGUUAUCAACUCCUUCACACUCUUCUGCCAAACGUGUAGCAUUCCUUUGUAUCUGUUAGACGUUGCCAUUCUGCUUUCCCACGCCAAUUCAGCCAUGAACCCUGUUGUUUAUGCCUUCAGGAUCAAGAAGUUCAGAGAAACGUAUAUCUUGAUUUUGAAACAAGAAUUAGAUGUGCCUAGAGCUGAGAUUACAGCAUCAGAGGGAGUGACUGAUGAUAAUAUCUGAAAUGGAGGCAUAGCCCCACCGAAAAUCCUAUCUUUGUUUACCAUUAUGUUUUAUUGUAAAGCACUCUGAGAGCUUUUGCUGAAAAGCAAUACAUAAAUAAAAUAUUCAUAUUAAUA